AAACAAUUUAAAAAGAUAUCAAUUGCAUGGAGAAAGUGGAUCAGCUGAUACCAAUGUAAUUGAAAAUGCACUUCCUGAUUUAAAAGCAAUCAUUAGCUCCUUUAGACCUGAAUGUGUAUAUAAUAUGAAUGAAACAGGACUGUUCUUCUGGCAAGACAAGGAAUGUUUGACUGUUGUGCUCUGUUGUAAUGCUGAUGGAACUGAUAAACUUCCACCUCUCAUUAUUGGAAAAAUUUUAAAACCUCAGUGUAUGAAAAAUGUUAAUAUGAAUAAUCUUGGAAUUACCUAUAGAGCAAAUACUAAAGCAUGGAUGACAGCAGUUUUAUUUCAAGAAUGGUUAAGACUAUUUGAUCAAAGAAUGAGUGGUAGAAAGGUGUUAUUAUUACUUGACAAUGCACCUUGUCAUAUAAUUGAAGGGGUAGAAUUGAAAAAUACACAGAUUAAAUUCUUACCACCAAACUCUACAUCAAAGAUUCAACCUUGUAAUGCUGGGAUUAUUGCAUCUUUCAAGAAACAUUACCAUCGUCGAUUUGUACAUCACCUUCUUGAAAAGUUUGAGGAUAAUGAACAGGUUGCCAAGCUUAAUGUUUUAGAAGCUAUACUAUUCAUUAAAACAGCUUGGAGAGAUGAUGUUACAAUAAAUACCAUUGCCAAUUGUUGGAAGCAUACUGGUAUUAUUAAAUUUGAUAAUAAUGAAGAGACAGAGCAAGAAGGAGAUGAAAUAAUUCCUGAUAUAGAAAAAAAUAUUACAGCCUUAAGAUACAGAACCCCUAUGAGAACAGAAGAUUUUUUGAAUCCUGUUGAAGAAAAUGAAAUAGAAGAACCUGUAGAUGAGGAGACAAUUAUUCAAUUAAUUCAAGAAGAAGGUAAUGAAAAUCAGAAUGAGGAAGAUGAUGAAGGAAAUGAGUUACCUGUUAUUUCUGCUAAGGAAGGAUUAGAAGCUUUAGAAAAAGUCAUGACAUUCUUGUUGCAGCAGUCUAGAGAUUGUUCAGAUGAAAUUAAAAAGUUGGCUAGUGUAAAUAAUACUGUGAAAAAGAUUUAUUCUGAUUCUAUGAAACAAA